AUGAAGAGUCAGACCUCGAGUCCCGGCUUUGUUCGUCGCAGCUACUGGUGGGCAGGAGUUAAAAGCUUUCCUGACAGCUCGUUCACCAACCCCAUCCAGUUCUCAUUUGGAUUCACAUGGCCGGGAACGUUUUCGCUGAUUAUCGAAGCGUUGCGCACCGAUUCCAACGACGAUCUGUCCACAGAAAACCCAGAGCGUCUGAUCAGUCGUAUGACCACCCAGAGGCACCUAACAGUGGGCGAGGACUGGUCCCAGGAUCUACAGGGUGGUGGGAGGACAGAGCUGAAGUACUCCUACAGAUUCGUCUGUGAUGAGCAUUACUACGGCGAGGGAUGCUCGGUCUUCUGCCGCCCCCGCGACGACACUUUCGGCCACUUCACCUGCGGAGAGCGCGGAGAAAUCAUCUGCAACUCCGGAUGGAAAGGACAGUACUGCACAGAACCAAUCUGUCUUCCGGGAUGUGAUGAAGACCAUGGCUUUUGCGACAAACCUGGCGAAUGCAAAUGCAGAGUGGGAUUUAGUGGAAAGUAUUGUGACGACUGCAUCCGCUAUCCGGGCUGCUUGCAUGGCACCUGCCAACAGCCAUGGCAAUGCAACUGCCAAGAGGGUUGGGGAGGCCUCUUCUGUAACCAAGAUCUCAACUACUGCACACAUCACAAACCCUGCCAGAAUGGGGCCACUUGCACCAACACUGGCCAGGGAAGCUACACCUGCUCAUGCAGACCUGGCUUCACUGGGGACAGCUGUGAGAUUGAGGUCAACGAAUGCUCUGGCAGCCCGUGCAGAAAUGGAGGCAGUUGCACUGAUCUUGAAAACACCUACAGCUGCACGUGUCCUCCUGGUUUUUAUGGAAGAAACUGCGAGCUGAGCGCCACGACUUGCGCUGACGGUCCCUGCUUCAACGGUGGACGCUGCACUGACAACCCCGAAGGAGGAUACUUCUGUCAGUGCCCAACGGGCUACGCUGGGUUCAACUGUGAAAAGAAGAUUGAUCACUGCAGCUCCAACCCUUGCUCAAACGGGGCUCAGUGUCUAGAUCUCGUGGACUCAUAUCUCUGUCAGUGUCCUGAGGGUUUCAUUGGAACGCACUGUGAAGACAACAUCGAGGAGUGCGCCGACUAUCCCUGCCAGAAUGGCGGCACGUGCCAAGACGGACUCAACGACUACACCUGCACCUGCCCGCCUGGAUACACCGGCAAGAACUGCACCUCUGCGGUCAACAAGUGCGUGCACAACCCGUGCCACAACGGUGCCACUUGUCACGAGAGGGAUGGCCGCUAUGUGUGCGCUUGCAUCCCGGGUUACGGAGGACGUAACUGUCAGUUCUUGCUCCCAGACAACCCACAGGAACAAGCCGUUGAGGGCGCCGACAAAAGGUACUCUUACGAUGAGGACGAUGGCGCCUUUCCUUGGACGGCGGUUUGCGCUGGGAUUAUAUUAGUGCUUUUAGUCCUGAUCGGCGGCGCCGUCUUGGUUGUCUACAUCCGUCUUAAGCUGCAGCAGAGGAGCCAGCAGAUCGACAGCCACAGUGAAAUCGAGACCAUGAAUAACCUGACCAACAACUGCAGCCGAGACAAGGACUUGUCCGUAAGCGUCAUCGGAGCCACGCAAGUGAAGAACAUCAACAAGAAAGUGGACUUUCAGAGCGACGCCGCGGGCGGGGAAAAAAAUGGAUUCAAAUCUCGUUACUCGCUAGUGGAAUACAAUCUUGUUCAUGAGCUGAAGCAGGAGGACUUGGGAAAAGAGGACACUCGCACAAUAGGAUUGCGCUGA